GUUCUCCUCCCUCCUCUGCCACCUUUCUGGGAGCGAUGGUCAUCUUUGCCGCGGCGGCGAUGGCUGCCGCCAGCGCCUUGCAGGGGACGUACAAGUACAACCGCCAGAACUACUUCUUCGACAAGAACCUGUUCAUGAAGCGCGGAUUCCAGGGGUUCAACAUGCGGAUCAAGCAGUACGAGCUGUACCGGCAGGACGUUCGAGACCUCAUCGGGCUCACGGUCCGCAAGAUGGACAAUUACCUCAUUGUCAACACGCUGCAGCUAGGCUUCUGCAUCACCCUCUUCACCGAGGGGCGUCCUGAGCCUCCUGAGCAUGAGGAAGGGCAGCAUGUGGACCAGGAGCCACGCUGGCUGAUCGGCUUGUAUGCCUUGUGCAAUGGGGGCGCCUUCAUGUACUACCUUAUGAGUAUCUGGCUCGCGAUGCACGCCUCCGUGGCGGCGCACGCGUUCGGAGUGCGGUUGCUGACGCAGUUCGUGCGCCUUCCGGUACCGAACGACCAGCAGUUGGACGAGGCUGUGCGGUUGGCGCAGGACUACGAGGCCUCGGGGGUGAGCGACAUGUUGCGGGUGCCGCUGCUGAAGCAGCAGUUCCAGAACCUCGCCAGGGCGUCGAACGACGCGACGGACGCAGGUGCAGAUGGCGCAGACGGCGGUGACUCAGACGACUCGGCGUCAGAUCUCGGGAGCGUCGGCGACGACGAGACGAGCCCAGUGGCCAAGCUGCACCACGUCCGCCUGUACCGCAAGCUGCAGGCCAACUGGCAGUCCUACGAUGCGUACUCCCGGGUGUGCAUGGCCCUAGGGACUAACCAGCUCCUACAUGCAAUCAGCUACACAUGUCUGGGCCAGCUGGAGGAAACGCAGGACGGCUGGUGGCCCGCGUGCCACUGCGUGGUCGUCUUCACCACCACCGCCUGGGUCAUCGCACGGCUGGAUCUCUUCCUCUCGCGGCGCUUCCUGGCGUUUGCCGCCAUCCUGCUCUUCCUGCCCCCCGCGCUCGCCAUCGUGAGCCUCUACCUCAAGAAUUCGCCCAAGCCGGGAAUGCUGUUCGUCGGCAAGUGCGUGGUGCCCGUGAUAUACGCGCUGCACAUCAUCUGGAUUGUGUUCACCCUGGGCAUCGCGAAGGCGAAGGAGCGGGAAGGCGUGGCGCUCCCGACAAACUACAGGAGCGUCCUGUACCUGGACGUCUUCCGCUGGCUGACCAGAGAGAACGGCGAGGAGGAGCCCGACCCCGACGGCGUAGGCGUCCCGAGCGACGGGGCCGCCAGGGCCAACAGGGUGUCAUCCCGCGACGAGAAUGUGGAUUUUGUCCUGGUUGGUGACGGGUCGGCCGGCGAGGGGCGCGGCGCGCGGACGCGGGAGAGCGUGCCGCCCCAGUACUGGCGCGUGAGCCUGCAGGAGUGCCUGAGCGGCUGCCCGCCGCUCGACGCGGAGCUGCAGCUGUGGGCGGGGGAGGGCGUCCGGGCCCAGCUGAGGCUCGACGACCCGCCGGCGGUGGAGAGGGCCGACCGCCUCCGGGAGCGGCUGCAGCGGCUGCGGGCGGAGCUGGACAGGCUGGCGGCGGCGGCGGCGCCGCCGGGCGCGGGCGCAGGGCCGGCGGGAUGCAGCAGCAGCAGCAGCGCCGGCGGCCGCCGCCGGCCGCCGCCAGAGCGGCAGGCGCCGCAGGCGCCGCCGCCCGCCGCGGGGCCGGGCAGCCCAGCGGUCUGGUUGCUCGUGCAGCAGCAGCGAGGCGGCCGGGCUGUGAGGCAGUACUACCUGAACAGCAUCACCAGGGAGAGGUCUUCGGAGCAGCCUGCAGGCCCAGCAGGCCCGGCGCCGGUGUCCACACUGGCCGAUCUGGAGCAGCGCCUGGAUUGCCUCGAGGACUUCGCCGCGCGGCUCCGGCCGCCAGGCGCGGCGAGUUCCAGCAGCUCCCCGGCGUCGGCGGCCCCUAGGACCGCAGCGGCCUCGCCGGCGGACUCGGACGCGGACACGCAGCCGCGGGCCGUGGAGCGCACCGCCACGACGAUGGUGCGCGAGGCCAUGGCGGACUUCGGUGUCGUCUCCGGGCAGCAGAGCGAGCGUCAGGCGCGGCGCCGCCGGCACAAGCAGCCAGGGUUCAUACCCUGGAACACGGUGGUGCUGGGGAGCUGCGUCCUGAUGCUAGCCUGGGCGUCUGGGCUGGUCGCCAGCAUCCACAGGGUAUGGGAGCACAAGGACCGCGAAGAGCGGUUCGCUGCCCUCGCCGCUGUCGGAGUGGCGCUGGGCGAGUCCGCCGAGGCGCCCCCGCUCUUGGCGGCGCCCGCCGCCCUUCCGGCUGCCUGGCCGCCGCACGCCUUCUUCCGCUGGGGCGGGCUGGCCUGUCACCCGGGGCUGGCAGGCGGCACGGCGGAGGGGGGCCCGCGGCUGCUGGCGGCGGAGAAGUACGCGGUGCAUGAACUGCGGCUGCACGCGUCGACCGCAGGCAUGCAGUCCAUGGAGUCCGGAGGCUCGCUGGCAGAGGCUGUUCGGCGCUGCCUGGACCAGGCCCUGUCUGGGCCCAGGCACGCGGACCCCCACGCUGCUGGGGCGAGCUGCGAGGACGCCCAGCCUGGCAGCGCGUGUUACGGCGCGGUGGCGUGGCUGCGCCAGGAGGGGUUCGACAGGCACCCGGAGUGGUACCCCGAGUACGGCAGCACCAACACCUUCCGGGAGGUGCAGGACAUGCUGCACCGCCUGGGCAAGUCGAGCUGCCCCAGGCCGUGCCUCUCGAUCCCCGAGGAGGAGGAGGGCAGUUCGGAGGACGGCGAGGUGAUCGAGCUGGAAGACGGCGGCAGGCAGGUGCAGAGCCGGGCGCACCGCCUCGCGACGUCGGAGGGCUGCCACGAUGCGGCCGAGGGCGAGUGGUGCCACAAGUCCAUCGCCUGGCUGCAGGAGAAGGGCCUGGCGAAGCACCCCGACUGGUACCCCGAGCUGAGCCCCAGGUCCUCCCGCUACGAGAUCCAGAGGAAGCUGCACGCGGAGGGCAAGUCCGACUGCCCGCGGCCCUGCGAGGGGCUGCCCGAGCCCGUGCCGAGGGAGCCUCCCGCGCGUGAGGAGUCGAGCGGGGACUGCCACGACGCGCUGCCAGACUCGAGGUGCUACACGGCCGUGGCCUACGGCCUGGCCGAAGGCCUCGCCAAGCACCCGGAGGUCUACCCGGGCCUCUUGACCACGGCCAGCUUCAAGCAGGUGCAGGAGUCCCUGUACCUCCAGGACAGGUUCGGGUGCGAGAGGCCCUGCCCGGAGCCGGCCGCCCCCCGGCGGGCGCGCUGGGUCGACGAGCCGCGCAUCGAGCAGCGCGCCACUCCGACCAGGGUCCAGGACAUGAGCGAGGACCAGCUGAGGAGCUACCUGGACGGCGACUGGAACGGCGUCCCGUCGACCUCCUUCAACGUGCCCUACGCCGACCAGGGCACCUCCACGUUCGCGAAGGCUCUGCACCGCUCCACGACCGAGCCGCUGGUGCUGCCCACGCAGCCGCCUGCUGCGCAGGAGGCCGACCCCGCCAUCAGCCAGGAGGAGCUCCCUGAGCUUGACGCGGCACCCGCGGGGGCCAUGGAGGCAACGCACGCCGCCGAGGCCGAGGAGGCCUCGACCACCGCGCCCGGACAGACUGCCGCCUCGGAGGUCGGCCUGGUCGACCUCGAGCCCCUGCCGAUGCUCCUCGGUGCAGAGGGGCGGAACGAGGCGUCCGUCGCGGUCGACAGCCUGGGCGCGGAGGAGGCUGGCCUUGCUCCUGCCGUUCUCGAUGAGCAGAGCGGCACGGCUUCCGGGGAACCGCAGCUGGACAAUGCCGCGGUCGAGGAGCCGCAGCCGAGCAGCGCCACCGAAGACGCACCAGCGGCGGCGGCCGAGGCGUCGGAGCCUCAGCAGCCACACGCUGAUGCCGAGGAGACGCCCGAAGAGAUGGCGCGCAGGCUGCAGCUGCAGAAGGAGCUGGUCUCAAACGCCGAGCUCCACUAG